AUGGCUGAGAACAAGCCGUAUCGUUAUGGGCUGAUCGUGCUGGGGCUGCUACUGGUGUCUGUGGGCCUGUUUGUGAUGAGCGUGGAGGAGCCCCACGUUUUUGCCACCUUCUGUGCCAUGGGGGUGCUGACGGCCGCCAUAGGCACAGUCUGGAGUAUGUGCCAGUGCUACCCAAAGGCAACCUUCAUUAUACCCAACCAGGAGGAGAUCUGGACGAGUGAGAGGGGGGGACAGUAUACCAUUCCAAUAAUCAGCUCAUGUGAGACAACCACUGAACCACUGAAGGCUCCUCUGGCAAAUCUCAAUGAUGAAGAGGAGGAAGAGGAAGAUACAUAUGUCAUGAGUGGCUCUGCUGUGACAGCUAUGGCAUCAACCAUGGCCGUCAUCCAGGCCUCUCUGACUCCUCCAUCCCGCAGUCCUCUGUCUCACAGCAAGACACUGGGGCUGGAGUUGGAAGCUGAAAUGUAUUAUGGGAUCGUGGAGGACUCUUGCCAUUUCAGCUCUGAAAUAGACAGUGACUGACCGGUGUCUGUACUUUGAAGAUAAGCUGUUAGCUAAAAUUAGAAUAGACAGUUAGAAGGACAUUGACUAGCUAGACACUUGUUUUGAAUGCAGAAGCAUUUGAAUUCUGUGGGUUUAUGAAGGAUAAUCUAAAUUUGAAUUGACUCAGGGCAUCUGCAUUCUAUUUCAGGUACAAAUGCUGGUUUCUCCCAUGGUUAUAAUAUUCAAGUUUGCUCUU